AUGUCAAUGUCAGCCAAACAGACCAUCAACCCCACCCGCCUAAAACUACCUGCCGAUGUGGUUGCUUUGUCCCAUACGCAUGGUGCCAGAGUAACCAACAUGACAGUCGUGGAAGGUGAAGACAGUGGGUUACAUCAAAAGUCGGGGCGAAAGGCGGUGAGUGCGGUUGGCGUGUGAGAGAUGAGGGAGAACGGCGUGCGUGAAGUUGGAGCGGGGACGGCGAGUCAGGUAGUCUGCGACCACAUCAACCUCACGAUGUGAUAUAACAUAUAAUUGAUUCUACACUA